GUCAAUGAACUAUAACCAAAAACAAGGGGGAAUACUGAGCAUAUGUUUUUGGAGUAAAAUGAGUUCUGUCGAAGAAUUAAAGAAAAAAAUGGCCCAACUAGAAGCCGAGCUUGCUACCCUGAAAAAUACUGGCCAAAGAAGAGAUAAAAUUAAUAAUAUGUCCUCAGAAGUGGUUGACAGCAAUCCUUACAGUCGAUUGAUGGCAUUGCAAAGAAUGGGCAUUGUGGACAAUUAUGAAAAAAUCAGGGACUUCACUGUAGCUGUUGUUGGAGUAGGGGGUGUUGGUAGUGUGACUGCUGAAAUGUUGACCCGUUGUGGCAUAGGAAAGCUAAUACUUUUUGACUACGAUAAAGUUGAACUGGCUAAUAUGAACAGGCUAUUUUUCCAACCUCAUCAAUCUGGUUUAAGUAAAGUUGAUGCCGCGGCAGAGACACUAAGUAACAUUAAUCCAGAUGUAGAAAUUGCAACCUAUAACUAUAAUAUAACUACAGUGGAAAAUUUUGACAAUUUUACCAAGACCUUAAUGACAUCUAGUGCAACUAAUGGACCAGUAGACCUAGUUCUUAGUUGUGUAGAUAACUUUGAGGCAAGAUUUGCAAUUAACACAGCAUGUAAUGAAUAUAAUCUUAACUGGUUUGAAUCAGGAGUCUCUGAAAACGCAGUUUCCGGUCAUAUUCAAUUUAUUUCCCCAGGGGAGACUGCUUGCUUUGCUUGUGCUCCACCUCUAAUUGUUGCUUCAAAAAUUGAUGAAAAAACUUUGAAGAGGGAUGGUGUAUGUGCAGCUAGUCUUCCAACCACCAUGGGUAUUGUUGCUGGGUUUUUAGUUCAAAAUGCAUUGAAGUAUUUGCUUCAGUUUGGACAAGUUACAAAUUAUUUGGGUUACAAUGCUUUGAAUGAUUUCUUCCCAACAAUGAACUUACGUCCAAAUCCAAAUUGUGAAGAUAGGAAUUGUCAACUAAGGCAGGCUGAAUUUGCAGCAAAACCAAAAACAGAACAAGCUCAAGAGGCUAUAGAAGAUGAAGGUCCAGUUCAUGAAUCAAACGAAUGGGGAAUAUCUUUGGUGAACGAAAGUAUAGAUAAAGAAGAGAAAGGGACCACUGUGGCUGAAGGUUUGACACUUGCAUAUACUUUACCUGGAGCACCAGAUACUACGCCAUUGGAACAUGCUCAGGAAGCCAUUGGUAAUGGUGCGAGUCUAGAAGAUCUAAUGGCUCAGAUGAAAGCUAUGUAAAUUUUAUUCAAUAAACUACAGUGAAGAUAUCUCUUAACAGGCACCUUAUAACUGCUUUAAAUUAUAUUGAUAGUUUAAUAGAUUAACAGACAUUCUUUUAUUUAAAUAUGUUGUGGAAAAAUUUGGAAAUUCACAAUGAGGCGCUCUAGGUAAUUUCCCAAGUCUGGCGCUUACAUAUUAUUUAAGAUCUGUAGGUGUUUAUUGAAAAACAUAAGUUAAGUUUUUCUUAUUUCUUGGCAAUGAUUUUUCAAUUUCAUGAUUAUUUUGAUUGCUAAGCUAAAUAUUUUCAAAAAUUUUCAAUUAUUAUCAUUUACUACUCUUAUAAGUUAACAAAUAAAAAUAUUACCACAGAUGUCCUGUUGUAAGAGAUAGCUCUUUAUUCUAAUAAUU